UUGCACUCUUCCCUUUACUGUGGUUCCCUUCCUUGCUAGUGGUUUAUAAUAUUCCAUCCCACCAAGAUUCAUGCUAGGACCAAAGUAGCAGUGGCAUCAACUACAAAAUGAGCUUCCUAGAGGACACUGACUGGACAGUAAUAAAUGAUUUCUGUGGUUCGCCAUUUUGGGAUGCUAACUUAACAUGGAACUCAGACUAUCCACAGUUAACAUCAUGUUUCGAAAAGACUGCAUGUGUUUGGUUACCAGGUUUAUUCCUCUGGAUUUUUUCAUGCAUCGACAUAUUUAUAACAUUCAAUAGUAAAUCCAGAAAUAUCCCUUGGAAUUGGAAAAAUUUAUUAAGAUUGAUUGUUCUUGGACUUCUUAUAGUGUUAUGUGUAACUGAAUUCAUUUACAACAUCAACAGAGCAGAAGAGGUUUUUCCUGUUGAUUUUUAUACACCUUUAAUCAAAUUAGCUUGUUUGGGUUUAUGUAUUACCUUAGUAAUAUAUCACAGGAAAUAUGGCCAGCGGGUUUCUGGUCUUAUGUUUUUAUAUUGGUUUCUUGUGGCAUUGAUGGGGUUUUCACAAUUUUAUACUGAAAUCACUGGACAUCUUUCAAGUGAUGUGACAGAAUUUAGAAGAAUUUAUUACUUAGCCUAUUAUUCUCUGAGCUUCGUAAUGUUUCUGUCAUAUUGGUUAGUUGAUGCUCCACCAAAACAAUCUGAAAAUCCUAAAACAAAGAAUCCGAACCCAGAAGAUAAUUCCUCUUUUCCUUCAAGAUUGACGUUCUCUUGGUUUGAUCAGCUCAUAUUCAAAGGAUACAAACGACCACUCACCAUCAAAGACUUGUGGUCGAUAAAUCACCAAGAUAGCGCAGCACAACUCUUUCAAGUAUUCAGUAAAUAUUGGAACAAAGUUUAUAAAAAUAAGACAUUUAAAGAUGAACCUGCCGAAUUUAAGAAGAUGACAAACUCAGUGGACUUUAACGGACUCAGAGAAGUAAAGUCUAAACCAGCCUCAAUUGUGCCUACUCUUGCUCGAGCGUUUGGUGGAAUGUUUUUAUUUGGUACAUUUCUGCAACUUUUUGAUGUGUUUUUGACUUUUGCCAGUCCGGAGCUUUUAAAGAAAGUCAUAAACUUCGUGUCCUCCAAUGAUGAGCCGAACUGGCAUGGGUAUUUCUAUGCAGCUUCACUUCUCCUAGUCACUUCCUUACAAAGUUUGAUUCAAUCACAAUUCAAUAGCAGGAUUUUUAUGGUUGGUCUUCGCAUGAGAACAUCUCUAACAACUGCUAUUUACAGAAAGGCUCUGAAAUUAUCAAGUGGAGCAAGAAAGCAUUCAACAUUAGGUGAAAUAGUUAACUUGAUGGCAGUCGACUCCCAGACCUUAAUGGGUGUGAUACCAUUCUUGAAUACACUCUGGUCUGCCCCACUUCAAAUUGCAUUAGCAUUAUAUUUUCUAUGGCAGCAAUUAGGACCCAGUGUGCUGAUGGGCUUAGGUGUUAUGUUAGUCAUGAUUCCUGCCAAUGCUUUUUUUGCCAAUUUAACUAAGAAUUUACAAGUCAAACAGAUGAAGUACAAAGAUGAGAGGGUCAAAACAAUUAAUGAAGUUUUGUCUGGAAUGAAGGUCCUGAAACUUUAUGGCUGGGAACCGAGUUUUGAAGAAAAGGUUCAGAUGAUAAGAGAAAAAGAAGCUAAAGUUCUGAGAAAAGCGGCUUAUCUUAGGGCAGCUGUAUCAUUUAUUUGGACAUGUGCUCCAUUUUUGGUCUCACUUCUUACAUUCAUGACUUACGUUCUCAUUGAUGAAAAAAAUAUUUUAGAUUCAGCUAAAGUUUUUGUGUCCCUUUCUCUUUUUAACAUAAUGAAAACUCCUCUUGCAAUGGUUCCAAACGUUAUCUCAAAUCUUGUUCAGGCUACAGUAUCAAUAAAAAGGUUAAACAAAUUCUUGAAUAACGAUGAAAUAGAUUUAAAUAUAGUAUCGCAUGAGGACAAAGAAGAUGAUCCAUUAGUAAUGGAAAAUGGUACUUUCUCAUGGGGAGCUGACGAAGAACCAACUCUUCGAAAUCUAAACUUAAGAGUUAAGCCUGGCUCUCUAGUCGCAGUGGUUGGUGCUGUUGGUUCAGGCAAGUCUUCAUUCCUUUCGGCCUUCCUGGGAGAGAUGCACAAAGUGUCCGGAAGAGUCAACACAAAAGGCUCUAUUGCUUACGUGCCUCAGCUUGCAUGGAUUCAGAAUUGUACCCUUCAAGACAAUAUAUUGUUCGGAAGGAAUCUCGAUAAUAAGAAAUACCAUAAAGUUAUCGAUGCUUGUGCUCUCAAAGCAGAUUUGCAAAUGCUUCCUGGAGGUGAUCAAACUGAAAUAGGAGAAAAAGGUAUUAAUGUUAGUGGUGGUCAGAAACAGAGAAUCAGCCUUGCAAGAGCUGUGUAUGCAGACUGCGACGUGUACUUCUUGGACGAUCCUUUAAGUGCAGUCGACAGCCAUGUUGGCAAACACAUAUUUGACAAUGUCAUUAGUUCACAUGGAGUUCUGAAAAAAAAAACAAGAGUGCUGGUGACUCAUGGAAUAACAUUUUUACCAGAGACAGACUUGAUUGUUGUUCUUGAUGAGGGCGGAAUUUCGGAAAUCGGAACAUAUCAUGAAUUGCUAGAAAAAAAAGGAGCGUUCAGUGAAUUCUUAAUAACUCAUUUACAAGAUAUCCCGGAGGAAGAACUAGAAGAGAUCGAUGAGAAUCUAAAAGAAGAUAUUAUCAAGAGUAAUCCUGAAUUCCAUCGUCACCUCAGCAUAAGUAGGUCGAUGAGAUCAAUAGUUAGUACAGCCAGCUCUGUUAGCACUGGAAGAAAUAGAAGGAGAUCUUCUCAAAUAUCUCAAAAAAGUGUUAAUGAAAAACCAAAGAAGGAUAAACUAAUUGUAGAAGAAAAAUCUGAAGAAGGAAGGGUAAAAUGGACUGUAUACUCAAAAUAUUUCCAAGCUGUAGGAUGGUUCUUAUUUUUUAUUACUGCCAUUCUGUCAGUUGCCACACAGGCUUUUGCGAUUGGAUCCAAUUUAUGGCUAUCUAAAUGGAGCGAUGAUCAAGAUAUUAUAGUAAAUGGUACCAUGAAUAUCUCAAAGAGAAACAUGUAUCUGAUUGUCUAUGGUCUCUUCGGAGUCUUCCAAACUGGUUCAACAUUCUUUUCCUCUCUCUCUUGGUACGUAGGUUGUGUUAAUGCUGGGAUAUUACUGCAUUAUAUAUUGUUAGUGAAUAUGAUGCGGUCUCCAAUGUCAUUUUUUGAUACAACACCACUAGGAAGAAUUCUUAACCGUUUUUCAAAGGAGAUAGAUGUAAUAGACAACUUGAUACCUUUUGUCAUGAAACAGGUUUUCUCUAUGGUGACACCAGUCAUUGGAACCAUUAUUGUAAUCAGCUACUCGACACCAAUAUUCAUGGCACUAAUUCUACCUCUUGGCAUUCUCUACUAUUUCUUACAGAAAUUUUAUAUUGCUUCAUCUCAACAGCUAAGGAGAAUAGAAUCUACUUCUAGAUCACCGGUAUUUUCUCAUUUCAGUGAGAGUGUUUCAGGUGCUCCAGUGAUCAGAGCCUAUUGUGCGCAGAAGAGAUUUAUAAAGGAAUCAGAAAUGAAAAUAGACUUAAACCAAUCUUGUUCUUUCUCUAGCAUUAUUGCUGGGAGGUGGCUAUCAGUGAGACUUCAGAUGAUAGGAAACUUUAUUAUUUUCUUCGCAACACUUUUUGCCAUUAUUGGAAAAGAUUCUUUGAGCCCAGGUAUCGUGGGUCUCUCUGUCAGUUAUACAUUACAGAUUACAGGUGCCUUGAAUUUCUUAGUUCAGGUUACGGCUGAAGUUGAAAAUAAUAUUGUAUCAGUUGAGAGAAUCAAAGAGUAUACCAAUACACCCCAGGAAGCAGCUUGGGAAAUCACUCCUAGCGUUGCAGGAUCAGAUUGGCCUCAGGAAGGUAAAGUGGAGUUUAUCGACUAUCAAGUGAGGUAUCGGGAAGGCCUGGACUUAGUACUUAAAGGAAUCAAUCUGGUUAUCAAAGGUGGUGAAAAGAUUGGUAUUGUGGGUCGUACUGGUGCUGGCAAAUCAUCAAUAACCCUUUGUUUAUUCAGAAUAAUCGAGUCCGCUGGGGGUAAGAUUCUCAUUGAUGGGGUUGAUAUCGCUAAACUGGGACUGCACGCUUUAAGAUCCCGACUGACUAUCAUUCCUCAGGAUCCCGUCCUGUUUUCUGGAAGUUUACGUAUGAAUCUUGAUCCAUUCGGUCACUAUAGCGAUGAACAAGUCUGGAGAGCUUUAGAACUUGGACAUCUCAAAGCAUUUGUAAAAGGAUUGCCUGCGGGUUUACAGCAUGAAGUAACUGAAGGUGGUGAGAAUAUAAGCGUGGGACAGAGACAGUUGAUUUGUCUCGCUCGUGCUCUCCUCCGUAAAACUAAGAUCUUGAUCUUGGAUGAAGCUACGGCAGCAGUUGACCUGGAAACUGACGAUUUUAUCCAGAAGACAAUCAGAUCUGAAUUCAGUGACUGCACGGUGUUAACGAUAGCCCAUAGGAUAAAUACCAUCAUGGAUUCUGACAGAGUGCUGGUUCUUGAUCAGGGUCGAGUGAAAGAGUUCGACAGCCCAAGUGAACUUAUUAAAAACAAAUCUUCGAUUUUCCAUGGAAUGGCCCAUGACGCAGGUCUAGUUUGAAGAACUGAAGGUUUUUUUGUUUAAAUCCAUUUUGUUGUUGAGGUUACAACUAUUUCCUUAUCAGUUGAUGCUCAUUGUUUUAAUCCUGUGAUUGUAUUUGUUUUUAUUUAUUUAUUAGGGAUCUGUAAAUAUAUUUUUAGAAAUUAUUUUAAGUCAAUCUGUGUUAAUAGAUUUCAACUAAGUGAAUCUGAAUGAAGUUAAUUAAUUAAAAUUAUGUUAGUUUUAAUAUUCUUGAUAUUUUUAGUUAUGAAUUUUACUGUUCCUGAUGAAGAAAAAUGUUUUAUUAAAAAAUAGAUUUAAAGUAAAUACAUUUCAGGAAACCUCUUCAAACAAAAAUGUUUCCAUAAAUCCUUUGAUACCUAAAUGACUAAAUAAAAAAAAAAAAGGUUUUUUAUUUAUCAAAGAACAAAUUUGUUUCUUUUAUCUAAGAAAUGUAAAAAUUAUAUUAUUAUUUAUAAAAAAAAGUAUUUAUUAAAUCUAUGUACUUAAUAAAAAUGUUUUGCUUUUAAAAUCUUUUAUUUAAAUAAUUAUAGAGUUGUUUAUAUGAAACAAUGUGAGUAUUGUGCAGAGAUUGUUACAUAAUUUAUUAUUAAUAUUUAUAUGUAUUUAAUUUAAUUUUAAUUUUAAGAAAAAUAAAUUAUUAAUUUUGUAGCUUGUGUAUUUGGUAUUGCUGUGUUGACCCAGUAACCCAUAUUGUAAGUAUCUGUUGAUUGAUUUUCUAAAUGCUUCAUC